CUUACCAACUCGUUACUCGCGCCCUGGCCUACGCUACACUCGACAUUCGCUUCUGCAAGGCGGUCUUUGACUGGCCAUAAUAAUCUCUACAUGUCGCUAUGGCUGCCCCGCUCAUCGUCUGCCGUGACUCGCACCCAUAGCCUCGCCGUUGCCCGCUCGGCGUCCUUGGCCCUAAGCCGACGGGGCUCGGCGAGGGCGCUCCCCAUCGUUCUCCUCCUGCGCCCCGACUCAGCGCUCCAAAGACGGCACGAGAGCACCCAGCCUCCGCCUUCCGGCAAGGCCUCUGCGAGCACCCACGCACCCUCUUCGUCUUCCGAGCCGUCUACGGGCGCGGAGGGCAAGUCCGGUCCACCUGCGCCCCCGAAGCAGCCGCUCGCCACGCGCGUAUGGAGCAAGGUGAAGCACGAGGCGGCCCACUACUGGAAUGGCUCGAAGCUGCUCGUCAGGGAGGUCCGAAUUUCGUCCAGGUUGCAGUGGAAGAUCCUGCAGGGCGAGCCUUUGACCCGACGUGAGCGCAGGCAGUUGAAACGUACGACAUCCGAUCUCCUGCGUCUCAUCCCGUUUGCGGUCUUCGUCAUCGUGCCGUUCAUGGAGUUCUUGCUUCCCGUGGCGCUCAAACUCUUCCCUAACAUGCUUCCCUCUACGUUCGAAGAUAAGUUUGCAGCGGAAGAGAAACAGCGUAAGCUGCUUCGCGUCCGUCUAGACAUGGCCAACUUCCUUCAAGAAACCCUCCGCGAAUCGCCACUCAAGGCCAACGCGCACAUCGUUGGUAGCGAUGCAUUCAAGGAGUUCUUCCGGAAGCUGCGGUCGACCGGCGAGUCACCCUCCGCACAGGACAUUAUCUCCGUAGCCCGCCUCUUCGACGAUGACCUCACCCUCGACAACCUUUCCCGGCCGCAGCUUGUCUCCAUGUGCCGCUACAUGGGCAUCAAUGCCUUCGGGACCGACAACUUCCUCCGUGGCACCAUCCGCGCCCGCCUCACCCAGCUCCGGCGGGACGACCAGCUCAUCAAUGCCGAAGGCGUCGACUCGCUCUCCACCUCCGAGCUCCAAGCCGCCUGCCAAUCGCGCGGCAUCCGCACCUCGGGCGUCUCACCUGCCCGCCUCCGCGAGGAGCUCACCACCUGGAUCGACCUCCACCUCCACAACCGCGUCAGCGGCGUCCUCCUCGUCCUCGGCCGCGCCUUCCAGUUUGACCGCACGCCAGGCACAGACGAGGACGGCAAGACUUCCGUCGUCCGUAGCCUUGAGAGCGUGCUCAGCGGCCUGCCCGACAACCUCCUGAAUGAGGCCGAACUCGAGGUCGACUCGGACAAGGCGAGCUACAAGCAGAAGCUCGAGGUGCUGCAGCAGCAGGAAGAGCUGAUCGAGGACGAGGAAGAGCAAGAGGAGAAAGAGGAGGAGUCCCGCCGUGCGAAGCGCGAGGCCGACGAACGCGCCAAGCGCGAAGAGGAGGCUCGCCUCGCGCAGUCGCUUCUGCCCGAGUCCGAGCUGCGCCCGGAGGAGCCGAAGGAAGUUUCGGAGGACGACGCGCGGAUGACGACCGAGCAGCUCAAGGAGCUCGGUGCCGCGCUCUCCAUCCUCUCUGCCAAGUCUUCCGUCCUCAAGGAGCGCUCCGAGCUUCGCGCGCUGAUGGAGGAGAACCUACAGGCCGAGGAGGACCCCAAGUCCCCCUCGGGCGCGCUCACCAAGCGCAUCCGCUCGAUGCUCACCAAGAUCGACCAGCAGAUCCAGGCGUACGACGAGCGCGUCGGCAACUCGCUCCAGAUGAUCACAUGCGACAGCCAGGGUAGGAUUUCUGUGCAGGACCUCGAGAAGGCGUUGGCUGUGAUCAAGCAUCGACCGGACGAAGACGUGGCGCACAAGGUGAUCCUGAAGCUCGACGUGGACAAGGAUGGAUACGUCGAGCUCGAGCAUGUGCUGGGUCUGGUCCGCGAGGAGGGCUUGGGCACACUCCUCGACGACGAGACGCAAUCCAUUAUCGGCCAGGGCAAGGAAAUCAUGAACAGCAAACCCGUCAGCAAACCGCGCAAGGAGGACAUCGUGCAAGACCACGAGUAGAUUGCUCGCAAAAGUACUAGCCUAUCGGAUGUGCCAUAGACAUAGAUCAACAUAAACACCCUUUGCGUUCCAUGCCGGAUGUGUUGCCC